UGCAAAUGUAAUGAGGAUAAAGGCACUGUCCUUUUUUGUGCUAUUAAAUAAUUAAUGAAAUAAGUUUGGAAACAUGUUUAUAUUUUGGAAAUAUACUGUGAUAAGUGCACUAUAUGUGCUUUCAGCACACGCAUAUGUUGAACCAGUAACUCCUACCUCAAAUAAUGCAUUGGAUUUGAAUCUCUACGAAGAAGUUAUUGACUUAGAAGAAUGUGACAGACAAGUGGCGUACAUAGUUGCGAACACAGGGCUUAUGAUUCGAUUUAUCGAUGCCAGCUUCAGAUUCCCUCCUCGCAGUAUCCUCAAGGGCAACACCAGAGAUACCGGAAACUAUUUCCAAUGUCUCGACAUCAAACACCAGACCGAGGACAUGGAGAUCAUAGGAAAAUACUCCGUUGUCCAGAUACCAUUGCAACAAGAUUUCGAAUGGCCAUCUCUGCCAGAACUACCUUCCUUACCCGACUUACCUGAGAUAACCUGGCCUAUAAUUCCAAACCCGAAUGCCACUUACUUCAAUGAUGAACAGCUGUUGGGUUUGAAUAUCUAUGAACGAGCAAGGCAAGGCGCGCAAUUGAUGCUGGGAAGUGACACCUUAAGAAGCGAGGAGUCAGAGUCAGUAAGUCCUCUAGCUGGUAUGCAGUUUGAGUUGGCUUUUUGCAUCCCAAAGGUCUGUCCCAUGAAAUAUGCUUUGGAUGUCCUGACUUCAAACGCUACAGCAAGUUUGGUUGUUAACGAAGCAUUCGUCCGACUUUCCAAUGACAAAACUUGGGUUGCCGCUGACUACGUCGCAGUUGUUUUGUUUUCCAUCGUUGGCUGCAUUACUGUGCUCUCUACUAUGUAUGAUAUUAGACAUACAAUAAUCCUCAAGCGAGAUCCAAAGAAAGCCAACAAAAUGUGCACAACGUUUUCUCUAUACACAAACACAAAUAAUUUCUUCAUCUUCCCUUCAAAUCCCAACGCGAUUACUUGUUUGGACGGAAUAAGAUCUUUCGCCAUGAUGUGGGUCAUCGUGGGUCACACUUUUGUCACACAACUGUCAUACAUUCCGGAGAAUCCUUUAGACAUUGUUGAAUUCAUCAGAUCUUUCUGGAACCUUUGGAUUACCAGUGCAACAAUCACAGUGGAUACCUUCUUCAUGAUUAGCGGACUUCUUGUCGUCUAUACAACAGCUGCUAAAGUGUCAAGAAUGUCCCUCAUCAGAAAGCUCCAUCUGUUCUACUUGCACCGCCUUCUCCGAAUGUGGCCGAUUCUAGCAGCAAUGGUUUUGAUCCAAGCUUCGUUUCUUCAUAGAACUACCGAUGGCCCGUACUGGGACGUGGUAGCGAAGAACGUGAAUGAUUGCAGGGUGUAUUGGUGGAGCACUUUGCUUUUCGUUCAGAAUUGGGUCAAUCCUAUGAACAUGUGCCUCUCCCACACAUGGUACCUAGCCAUCGACAUGCAACUGCACGUCGCGUCUCCUCUCGUUCUUUUCUGGAUACUGGGACAGCGGUCCCGCAUAGCCUGGAGUGCACUGAUAGCAGCGCUCGCAGUAGCUUUAUCUGGAACUACAGCGUACAACUUUGUCAACAACUUCCAGUCCGCCGUGGUGUCUUUAGCACGUACUCCCGAAGACCAGCAACAAUUUCUGAUGUAUUACUACGUCCAGACCCUUAACCGGAUUUCGCCGUUCAUCAUCGGACUGAUGAUCGGGUACAUUCUUCACCUCUACCGCGGCAAGACUGUCAGAAUGCACUGGCUAUUCGCAAUACUAGGAUGGCUCAUAGCUUUUGUGGCAUCAUUCUUGGUUAUGUUCGCUACUUACUUCAACAUCCAGCCCGACUGGGACAACCAACUGGCUGACAACUUCAUCAACUCUUCCAUAAGACCGGUCUGGGCUGCGUGCAUCGCCUGGAUGGUGUUUGCGUGCCACCAUGGCUAUGGAGGUCCUAUCAACUGGUUAUUAUCGAUCCACGUAUUCAAGAUCCUCGGCCGCCUGUCAUACGCGAUGUACAUCAUCCACUACCAGCUCAUCUUCUUGAUUAAUGCGACUACUCUUCAACCCAUUUAUUUUGCUGUGAAUUUAUCUAUGUAUAGAUUCCUGAUCGACUUCUCUCUAGCAGCGAUCGGAGCCUUCCUUCUGACCAUCACAAUAGACUUCCCUUGCUCCAAUAUGAUCAAGAUGCUCCUUGGAGGAGGACCAAGACCACCGCCUAAAGAAGUACCCACCAUCCCAAAGGAACCCGAAAUGGCAUUCAAAGCUGUCUCCGUAGUUGAGAAUUCAUAUCCAGAUGACGACCUGAAGAAAACGAGAAUAUGAAAAUACAUUUUAAGAAUCGACUGAAAUAAAUAAAUAAUAAAUCACUAACUACACUGAACGACUGAACUUUGUAAAUUAAAUAAUUCUGAAUUCAAGUAUUGACAUAAAUUAAAU